UGACGAUGUGUCACGUGACCCACGCUAACCGCCAUCUUUGCUUAUCGUAUAAACAGUGCGACCGGGCUCAGCACGAAUUCUUGUUGAGAAAUUGCGGUUUUUCCAGUGUUUUUGAGUGAUUCAGUUACGAAGAAAUGUCCGAGAUUAAGGCGGAGAGCAAGAACGAUAACAACAUUGAGGAUGUGUCAAAGGACCAUUCAACAGAAGAAAAACCAAGUCCAACGAAAAAUAAACGAGGAGGUACGAAAAGACUCUCCACACUAGAAAGGUUGGCUCAAGAAGGAGAACGAGUCACAAAGGAUUUAAAUGCAUCUGUUGGAGAAGUCGAAGGAAGGAGGCGUACACGUAGUUCAGCACGUGGCCUAACUUCAUCAACACCUGUGCCAUCUCCACCUAAAAAAGAAAAGAGGGACACAUCAACAAAAGGUACUGGUCGUGGGCGCGGGCGUCCUAAACGACAGGAAAAAAAUAAUGAGAAUAAUACGGAUGAAGAAGCGGCUAAUAAUAAAAGUGAAAAGCAUUCCGAAGAGGAAUCUAUGAAAAUGGAUGUGGAAGAGCAUAAGGAGGAAACAGAAAAAUUAGCAGAUAGCGAGGACAAGAGCAUUGCGAAAACCGAAAGUAAAGAUGUUACUGAAAAGACACUUGAUUCUAAUUUCAAAGAGGAGAAGGUUGUGGAAGAAUCAGAAAAUUUUGCGGAAGAAAGCAAGAGUUCUAGUGUCAGUGAAGAGAAAAAGGAGGAGGACAUAAAGGAUAGCUCGGAUUCGAGUCAAGAUGCAACAGACAUUACAACAGAGGCACCACCUUCAUCUUCAUCAGAGUCUCAAAAUCCCUCUAAUGCCACUACUACUGAAGAAAAUAAGGAAUAACCUCCCUUCGCCUGUUUACCAACUUCAUCAGGUACCAGGGCGGCGCACACAAUGGGGUUACAAAUCCAGUCCCCUCGUCUAUUUUAACAAAUUGACACCUUCUUGCCGAUCGUUAUCCUAAUCAGAGUACGCGAGUAUUACAUCACUUUUUAAUUCGCAGACGAAAUAUCGUGAUACCUUUACACUAUACAUUCAUUGCCAGGAUAAAUAUAUGUUUAAUUAGCGUAUUUAAUGGUAUGGGGUGUACCAUAGAGUAGUUGUUUUAAUUUAGUUUUACUUUGAUAAAGAGUAAAAUUACUCGUUGUGCACUGAUUAGUUGGCGAUGCAAAGCGAGGUGUAGAGCGUACGUUGUUCAUGUACAAUGAUAAUAUUAUUGUAAAAUAUAUUUAAUAUGGACUUAUAUAGACAAGUUGUUUUCAAAUCAGAGCUGAGGCAGGAGUCUUUAAAUACCAGUCUUCAAUUCAGAUCUGAUAUGGAAGUAGCUGAAAUUAAUUCGUACAUAGCAAAUUACUGUAAUACCUUAUCUUAUAUAAAUAAUGACUGAAUGAAAUGGAAUAUAUGAGAAUUAUGGUGAAACGACUUCUCUUUUUUCAUGGAAUGCAGAAAUAAAAUUUCUGAGAAACGCGUCGUAGCGUGAUAUCAAUUGUCUCCUUCCUCGCAUAAUGUUACUAAUAUCAGCCAGUUUUUCAAUUUUAAUAUUUUAUGUUUUUUUUUAUAUUUAGUAACUAACACUUUAAUGAAAUAUGCAUUGUUUCUAUCUUUCGAAUUGAGAAAAGGAAAAAGAAAAGAUUGUAAGAUAGACUUGUGCAUAUGUAUCUUUUUAUGAUAGAAUUUCGUCGAUAUUUUGCGAUGAGUGUUAAUCUUUUUA